CAACACAACCAAGGGUAGCAUUGUCAUUCCACACCCUCUAACCUUUUCUUAAACAGUCUCUACAUUUUCCAGCCUCAUCAAAAGAACCACCUUAACUUAAGCCCCCUCAUGUUCUUUUCUCUUUUUGGUCUAAGCAAGCAGCACCAUGGGAGCACCAAUCUUUAACACUCCCUCCUUCACACUCUUUGUUUUUCUCUCUCUCCAACUUUAUCUCUCUUUGUCGUCCUCUCCCUCCAUCCAUGACCUUCUCCGUUCAAAAGGACUACCCCCUGGUCUCUUGCCAGAAGAGGUAAAGUCCUACACUUUCUCCCAAAAUGGCCACUUGGAAGUGUUCCUAGACGCACCUUGCUUGACCAAGUACGAGAACAGAGUCCUCUUUGAGCAAGUCGUCACUGCCAACCUCACCUAUGGUAGCCUCAUAGGCGUUGAGGGUCUCCAACAAGAAGAACUCUUUGUCUGGCUCCCUGUCAAGGACAUAAUCGUAAACGACCCUUCUUCAGGGUUGAUACUCUUUGACAUUGGCCUUGCCCACAAACAACUCUCUCUCUCCCUCUUAGAAGAUCCACCUCACUGCAAGCCCGAAGGUGGGUUGAGGAAUCAUGUGAGGAAGGAAAAAGGUUUGGAGGUCCUGAGGUAGAAAAAGAUGCCACCCUGUGUUUCAGGCUUCACUUGUUGUCUUUUUCUAUGUCAUGUUUAUAUAAUUUUAGCCUUGCAAUGCAACUAUAGUUAAUGAGUAGGUGCUUGAAACGUAGAGGUUGAGCAUGUAAAAAUGUGAAGAGAGAGAGAGAGAAAAAAAAACUAAGGAAUCUGAUGUCGUAAUCAAAUUUACAAGUUGUAAUUUUCUUCUAA